AUGACGCAGCCAACGGUAUGGAGAUUUGUGGGUGUUGUUUCAUCGGUUGUUGGAUUUCUCUGUUUCGGUUUGAGCUCCUCCUUCCCCUACAUGUUUGGAAAGUGGAUAUGGUGGAAGAUCUCUGUUUAUGGUAUUUUCGGUAUCAUCAUCUGCCUCGUUCUCUUGCUUGCAAAGGAAAGGCAAAGACAAACUAGUCCUUGGCACAAAGCACAUUUUGCAUUUUCGGUUUUCAGCAUCAUUUGUGUGUACACAUUUUUUUGGGAUAAAGUGGUGAAGGUAAGGCCAGAUGCACAUAUCGUGAUUUCUUCCACUGCUUUUGCUAUCAUGUCAUUCGUCUUGUCAAGACUGAGUCACUCCGGAGUGGAGAUCGAUCUCGUAAAUUUUUUCUGUGGAAAUCUAAUAGCACAACUCAUGAAGAUAAAGUUACUGUUGGCCAUUCUUGGACUGGGUUUCAGUUAUUUUCUUUUCAUUCUUCGUUCCCGUUUAGAUGGCUUGGCAGAUCCUGUACUCCCACUCCAAGAAACUCAACCCAAUCCUGUACUCCCGGUCCAAAACGAUCAUGACGACUUGGCAGUAGAUACUCAACUUGAAGUUGAGGAUGAUGAUGAUGAUGAUGACAACGACGACAAUGACGGUAACACUCAACUUGGGGACGAUAACUUGUCAGCAGAUACUCAACAUAAGUACAAUUACCUUGAGUUGUACGCCAAGUCCAAAAUGAUGACGAUGCCUUUCUUUAAUGGCCCAACAUCUAAAAAUAUCCAAGAUAUUUUAGCAAGAGUAAUCCACUCUGUAUAG